AUGAAGCUGACCUGGGCUGGAUUGCUGGCGUUGGCUGGCUCGGCGCUGUCCUGUUCUCAUCAUGACGAUGAGGCUGUUCCCCAAGAGGUGCGGGAGGAGCUAUUGGCGAAAUGGAACCAGGAGUGGUCUUUCUCCGGACACGCGAGUUUUGCGCACUUGAAGCCCGUCAAAUGCCUUGUCGAGCCGGACGAGAAGUAUGACAUCGCCGUCAUCGGUGCGCCAUUCGACACCGCAGUCAGCUACCGACCAGGGGCCCGCUUCGGUCCGCGCGCAAUUCGCGCCGCAAGCGCUCGCCAGAUGGCCGGGACAUCCUACAACACCCGCGCCGGAAUCAACCCAUACAGCUCUUGGGCGACAAUCAAAGACUGCGGCGACAUCCCAAUCACUCCCUUUGACAACGGGCUUGCCGAGCGCCAAAUGUACGAGGCCUUCCUGGAACUCGGCACCCGUAGCCCCGUCACCCCUGCGUCAUCCGAGUUUGGCAGCAAGGGAAUCUCCGCCGGAAAGAGCAAGCUCGUCACGCUGGGCGGCGACCACAGCGUUGCGCUGCCGGCCCUCCGCGCCCUGUACCAGAUCUACCAGAAGCCUAUUACGGUCCUGCACUUUGACGCGCACCUCGACACCUGGAACCCCGUGCGCUACUCGGCGUACUGGCAGUCCGAGCAGUCCGCGUUCAACCACGGCAGUUUCUUUCACAAGGCCAGUCGCGAGGGUCUUAUCUGCAAUUCGACCUCGGCGCAUGCUGGUCUGAGGACGAGGCUUACUGGUAUCGAUGAUAGCGACUAUACGGCGCCAGGCACACCGGAGCAGGGAUUCAUGCGGAUCCACGCGGACGACAUUGAUGAGCUUGGUGGGCCUAUGGGUAUCGUUAACAAGAUCAUGGAGCGGAUUGGGCUUGACUUGGAGCAGCCAGUGUACCUGUCCGUUGACAUUGACGUGCUUGACCCCUCUACUGCGCCUGGUACUGGAACGCCCGAGCCCGGUGGCUGGACAACCCGCGAGUUCAUUCGCAUCCUGCGCGGUAUCGAGAAAUUGAACAUUGUGGGUGCGGAUAUUGUCGAGGUCUCGCCGAGCUACGACAACAAGGGCGAGACGACUGCUCUGGCUGCCGCGCAGGUUGCUUACGAGAUCAUCACUAGCAUGGUCAAGAACGGUGCUGGUAAGGAUCUGGGUGGAUGGUACGGACGUAAGGAGACUGUUGCUGAGGAGUCUGCUCCAGAGGUUGUGGUUGAGGUGGAACUUGAGACCGAGGAGGCGGAGCCUGAAUCCGUGCCCAAAGACGAACUAUAA